GAAUCACCUCCGUGCUGGGAAGGGAAGCUCCACAGGCAUAGCCCACCAAAGAGAAGCACACAGCUCAGAGAACAAUUCAGAAGAGAGAACUGAAGAAGGAAAGUGGAGAUGGACUUCAUCCUAGACUUUGCCCUGGAAACCUGGGUUCUCUUGGCUUCCAGCCUCAUGCUGCUCUAUCUAUAUGGGACUCAUUCACAUGGACUGUUUAAGAAGCUGGGAAUUCCUGGGCCCACACCUUUGCCUAUUGUGGGAAAUGUUCUGUCUUACCACAAGCCUUUUGGUCCAGUGGGAUUUAUGAAAAGUGCCAUCUCUCUAUCUGAAGAUGAAGAAUGGAAGAGAAUACGAGCGUUGCUGUCUCCAACCUUCACCAGCGGAAAACUGAAGGAGAUGUUCCCCAUCAUGAGCCAGUAUGCAGAUGUGUUGGUGAGAAACCUGAGGCAGGAAGCAGAGAAAGGCAACACUGUCACCUUGAAGGACCUCUUUGGGGCCUACAGGAUGGAUGUGAUCAUGGGCACAUCAUUUGGGGUGAACAUCGAUUCCCUCAACAAACCACAAGAUCCUUUUGUGGAAAAGACCAAGAAGCUCUUAAGAUUUGAUUUCUUAGAUCCACUCUUUCUCAUAAUAAGUAUGUGGACUAUUAUUUCUAUUUCUCUCUCUUUUUUAAAAUAAGUACUUUAUUGAGAUAUAAUUCAAAUACCAUAGAAUGUACACACUUAAAAUGGACAUUUCAAUGAUUGAUAAUACAUUCAAACAUAUGUAUAACCAUUACCAUUGUCAACUUUGGAAUAUUUUCAUCAACCCAGGUA